AUGGGACUCAGGGCAAGUAAGGCUAGCAACCUGCUUCCCUGGUACUUUAAAUAUGAUGCUGGUGACAAUCAGAGCAAAAUGCCUCGGACCUUUGGAGGUGACGGAGCCCUACCUCUAACUGACAAACUAGGGACUCCUAAGAUACGACUUGGCAAACAAAUGGUAAUAAGAUGGGAAGCUAUUAACAUCAAUGGGGGCUACUCUGGGAAGAAGGUAGAGCUGGCAGAGGCUGCAAGUAAGAUGGGUCUGGACGUUUUAGCUGUUAGUGACAUUCGGGUAAGGGGUGAGAAAGAAGAGGAAUUGGGAGAAUACAAGAUCUACCUAUCAGGAGUCAAAGCAGGUAUAGCACAACGGGGUGUAGAGCUUUACAUUAGGAAAGAAAUGGAAUCCAGCGUAGUUGCAAUAAGAUAUGUAAACGAACGACUGAUGUGGAUAGAUUUGACAGUGUCUAACAAGAAAAUUAGGAUUGUGUCAGUAUAUUUGCAUUGUGAAGGGACAGAUCAAGAUAAGAUGGAUAGUUUUUAUGAGGCACUCAGUGAUGUAGUUGUUAGAGUGAAGGACAAGGACAGUGUUAUGCUCAUGGGUGAUUUUAAUGCCAGGAUUGGGAAUCGAACAGAAGGGUAUGAAAAGGUUAUAGGUAAAUUUGGAGAGGAUAUGGAGGCCAAUAGGAACAGGAAACAACUCUUGGAUUUCUGUGCCACUGCUGCCGAGGAUCACGACCGAUCGGAUGCUGAGGAUGAUGAAGAGAAUACAAAUGACGGUAAGAAAGAAGAUGAAGAAGGAAAUGAAGAUGAAGGACAAGAAUCGCAAGAGGAAGAAGAUUAUGAAGGCUUGUGCGCGGGAGUCGAGGGCGAGCGCGUGGCCGCGGCCGUGGUGCGCAUGCGCGUGUUUUGCAGGCGUGCAGCCGGCGCGCUGCGUGCUCUCGGGCUCGCCAGUGUGGUGGCUGCACCCAUGCGGGCAGCAACGCGCGGCUCCGCGGCGCCACCGCCGGCGUUCAAGCGUGCGGCGUCGGCGUCGGCGUCGUCUCGCGUCGACUGGGCGUGCGUCGCGUCAGCAGCACUCGCCGCCCUGCUCUACGCCGGGACUCUGCGCGCCGGGUUCGUCUACGACGACAACCGCGCGAUCCUGACGAACGAGGAUGUGGUGGGCGGCGGCGCGGAGUCGUGGUGGCGCGUGUGGCGGCACGACUUCUGGGGCACGCCGCUGCGGCACGCCGGCUCGCACGGCUCCUACCGGCCGCUGGCGGUGCUCAGCUUCCGGCUGGACGCGGCGCUGUGGCGGCUGCGGCCCGCCGGCUUCCACCUGAGCAAUGUGGCGCUGCACGCCGCCGCCACCGCCGCCGUCGUGCGCUGGGCGCGCGCGCUGCUCGCGAGACGUAAAACUUUGUGUCAUGCAGUCACGGGCCUGCUGUUCGCGGCCCACCCGGUGCACACGGAGGCCGUGGCGGGCCUGGUGGGACGCGCCGACGAAGGCGCCGCCCUGCUGCUGCUGCUGGCGCUGCUGCUGCACGAGGCGCACUGCCGCCGCAGGCGCGCAGCUCCGCCAGGUGCCUGGCGGGGUCGCCUGCUGCUGUCGCUGUGUGUGCUGGUGUCGGGCUGCGCUAUGCUGGCCAAGGAGCACGGCGUGUGCGCGCUCGCUAUCUGCCUGGUGAGGGAGGCGCUCGCCUGGCAGAGGGCGGCUGCAGACCCCAGGGCCAGGAGGCAGGCGGUGCGCAGCGCCUGCUGCGCGGCGGGCGGCCGCGUCCCGCGCUUCGCGGCCGCCGACAACCCGGCGGCGCGCCACCCCUCGCGGCUGACGCGCGCGCUCACCUUCCUGCUGCUGCCCGCGCUGCACGCCUGGCUGCUGCUCUGCCCCGCCACGCUCAGCUUCGACUGGUCCAUGGACGCCGUGCCGCUCGUCCACUCCCCCGCGGACCCGCGCAACGCCGCCUCGGCCGCGCUCUACGCCUGCGUGGCCGGCGCCGUUCUGCUCGCCGCGAGGCGCUCCGUCCGCGCAGCCGCCGCCGCCGACCGCCGCCACUGCAAGCCGCCCGCCGUCUGCAUAGACCACAACGCCAACCACAGCGUCGCCGCGGCCUGCCACCACAGGACGCAGCACAGGAGCGAGAGCGGCCUGGGGCGCGGCGCGACGCUGGUGGCGGUGUCGCUGUCUGCGACGGUGCUGCCCUUCGUGCCGGCGUCCAACCUGGUGGCGCACGUCGGCUUCGUGGUGGCCGAGCGCGUGCUCUACGUGCCCUCGGCCGGCUACUGCGUGCUCGCCGGCUACGGCUUCGCCAGGCUGCUGCACGCCUCCGACAGGAGGGCGUGGCGGUGGUCAGUGACGGGCUGCGCAUGCGUGCUGCUGGUACUCAUGUCUGCGCGGACGCUGCGCCGCUGCGAAGACUGGAUGGACGAGGAGAGCCUCUACCGUUCCGGGCUGCACGUCAACCCGCCCAAAGCAUACGGCAACCUGGGCAACAUCCUGAGUAUGAAAGGCGAGCUGGAAGAGGCAGAGAGGUGCUACCGCAAGGCGCUUUCCUACCGGCCCAACAUGGCGGACGUCCACUACAACCUGGGCGUGUUGCUACAGUCGCAGCAGCGGUUGGAGGAGGCUGCACAAAGCUACCAGACUGCCAUAAGCUUCCGGCCUAGCCUCGCAGCUGCGUACCUGAACCUGGGGCUGGUGCUGUGGCGGCAGGGCCGCGAGGCGGACGCGCUCGGCGUGCUGCGUGCGGGCGCCGCCGCCGACGGCUCGGCGCUCAAGGACCCGCGCGCGCACGCGCAGGCGGCGACCGCGUGCCGCUUCCACCUGGGCCGCCUGCUGCUCGAGAGCGGGCGCGCCGCCGCCGCAGACCGGGAGCUGCGCGCCGCAGUCGCCGGCAUGCCCCCCCACUACCAGCCACAGAGCCUGUUCAACCUGCUGGGGGAGGCGCAGGCGAGGCUGGGGCGGCAUGCCGAGGCAGAGCGCUGGUUCCAGGAAAGCCUGAGAGCCAAGCCCGACCACGUGCCCGCGCACCUCACCUACGGACGCCUGCUCGCCCGCAACAGCUCCCGGGCUGCAGAAGCAGAGCAGUGGUACCGGCGCGCCCUGCGCCUGGCCCCGGACGACGCGUCUGUUCUGCUCCACUACGGUCAGUUCCUGCUGAGCCAGCAGCGGCCGGCCGAGGCGGCUGCGGCGCUGACCCGGGCCGCCUCGCUCUCCCCAGAGGCGCUGGCCUACGAGGACGCCAUGAACGCCGCCGCCAGCCUCAGACUCGCCGGAGAUCUGCGAGCAGCCGAGACCUUCUACCGCAUGGCCGUCUCCAUGAGGCCUACGGAACCAGCCGGCGUGGGCAACCUUGGCGCGCUCUACCACCUGAUGGGCCGGCACGCCGAGGCCGAGAAGUUCUACCGGGAGGCGCUGCGCCUCUUACCCGGUGACCCCGUCACGUUGGCCAACCUGCGGCGACUACACCGUCGCAUGGCUGCCGGCACGUGACGAUUGACGAGGACUCUGCCCGGGGGAUGCCCCACAACAUGUGAACAACCCCGUCGGUCGUCUUAGAACUUCAAACAAUACCAACUGUUGACAUGACAGUAGCACAUUGUUAAUGUGCAACACUGACGUGGACACCGCCGAAGUAUAUCACGUCCGCAGAUACUUUGAGGCAAUUUAAAUGUCUUUAAAACUUCUAGCUGCAAACUAAAUGACUUGGUUGCAACCCUUUAACCUCUAUUUCGUGUGGGACGUCGGAGUCCCAACUACAUCUAGGAUACAUAGAAUAUCCAUCUGACCAAUGCAGUACCACAUUAAUUAACCAGCCUGGAAAAUUUUUGAAUUGUAUGUAGAGAAAUUCUCAGGUUUCCAAGCUCACCGCUUUUCUUGUAUUAUUUCGUUUGUUCGUUCAUCGUAAGGAUAUCACAGCUUUAUGAAAACUUACAACAGCUUGCCAAUAAACGGAGAAACUCACUGAUUUAUCCCCUCUGCUUUGGAGGAACGGUGAUUCCAGUGUCGUGUCGAACUCUCAGUUCUAAAUACACUUGUGUACUCAGCUUUGUUGUAUGAUUACCCUGAGCGGCGAUUACAUAGCACUUUUGUUUCGCAGUUUCUGUGAUCGCCAGUUAGGAAUUCCUUGCUUUUGCCUUAAUUCCAAAGGCGUUUUUCGCUUUCGUGUUCGACACAGAGAAUGUUUCGAUGGAGUUUUAAAAAAAUAAUUUAGGUUAUGUGGUAAAAAUACUCCAUGGGACAAAAACAGCCACCUUGUGGUUAACAUAUUCGUUUACCACCGUGUACCUUCAAAAAUAUGUGGGGUCGUCUCGCUUAAGCGUCUACCACUUCGCAAAUGUCGUCACUGUCGCUUCUUAAAGAAAAUUACUGAACAAGAGAGCGAGAGGUGUUCAAUCUCAUUUCGAGUACAUACAAUUAACUAGAUGACAACUUAUUUUAGUUAUACCAGACACGCUAUUAAUAAGUCACUGUUGUCUAGUGUAUGACUCAAUAUGAAAUUUAUUGGAUCAAUUGUGUGGGACGUAAAAAGAUGUUUGAAGUUACAGUAAUGAAAAGCACAAAAAAACAGAUUUUUUUCCGCUUACGUGAAUAAUUUCCAUCGUGACGAAACAUGAAAGAUUUUGGGCGGAAGGAAUAUAUUUUCCCAGGAAGAAAUUAUAAUAACUGUACAGAAAUGUUGAAGUUUUAUUUUUUGUAAAAUGUAAUGAAAACUAUUUUAUCAAAAUAUUUUUCUAUGUGUAUCGAAUUACUAGCUUAAGACAAGAAAUGCUUAUUUUAAAUGUCUGCUUUUUAAGAAUUCCAUAUACAAUGUAUGUAAUUUUACAUGCUGCGUAUCUAGUCUCUUAUGUAGCGCAAAUAAAAUUAUAAAAGGUAUGUUAUUUGUUUGUGUAAUACAACUGCCUUUUCGUGUCUGUGUAAUUUUGUCAUUGCGACUGAAAAAAAAAGAAAGCCAAUCAAUGUUUUAGAGGCGCAGUCGUUUGGAUUUUAGACUUUGGUCUACAAUGUUGCGUAUGCUUUCCUUGAUUAUGGUGAUAAUUCUGUUGUUCCUGUUACACAAUGAAGAAGCUACAGUGCAAUGCAAGCUUACACAGAAGCUAUUAGCGUUUUUGGUGGUAUUUGGUUUAAGGGCAUU